CAUCACACUGCCACAUCAUACUCUCCAAUGGAAGACAGUCUUUAAGUAUUUAAAAAUAUGUCAACUACAAAAAAGUUAUAUUUGAGUUCUGUAUAGAUAGUGUUUGGGAUUUACCAUGCCAAGUCAGCUGAUAAAUUUGAACCUUUUCUACGUUCGUUCUGUUACCAAGAAUUAAACACUGGCCCCUCAACAACAACCUGGACGUCACACGGUAGCUAGCUAGGCUAGCCAGUCAUGUUGUUAUCCAGCAAUGAAAAUACGGCAUUGAAAGUAACGGCAUUGUUAUAAAUAAUAUUUAGCAUUUAGUGACUUGACAGAAGAUUAAUUGUUUGGUAGAGUUAAAGUAGUUCUGGACUUAUUGACCAGCAAGCUAACCGAAUGAGUAGAUGAAACCGCUGUUUGAUGGAGUUGAAGUUAGCUAACUGUAAACUAACUAACUAACUAACUAACUAACUAUCUAUCUAUCUAUCUAUCUAUCUAUCUAUCUAUCUAUCUAUCUAUCUAUCUAUCUAUCUAUCUAUCUAUCUAUCUAUCUCUAAAACUAUAAUUUAGGCUAAAUGGCUAACUUGCUCUUUUAAGUAGGUUGUCUUAGGCUCGUUGCUGUUGGUAGAAUAUUGUGUAGUAGACGUUGUAAUCAGUGUGUUAUGGUUCUGUAUGUUCAUGACUAGCUCAUAGCAUGGAUGGGAUUAAAGAUGCAUACCAAGAUGUCCAACCUGUAACGCUGCGGCUCACAGAGCAGAGCGUCACAGCUCGGCUACACUGCAGCCCUGCUAAGGGCAUUGAAACGCACUUGUCUGCCAUGGUCGAGGCCUUUUUAGUCGAGGUGUUUCGCUGUCGGCUGUGCCAGUUCACCAGCAGUCAGAAAGCCAGAAUCAGCAGUCAUGUGACAGCGAGUCAUGUGACAGUGAGGCGUUCGUGCCACCUCUCCUGCCUGGAAAGAGAAGACCAGGAGAGCCUGGCUGUAGUUAUGAGAUCUGACGAAGGAUCUGAGCUCCGGAGCAGCUCUCCGUACGACCUCCAUCCCAGCUCAAAGAGCGCUGAAGACCAGAUGGACAUGGAGCGCAUGUCAUUCUUGCUCCCGAUGUACGGAAUGCUCCAGAACGUCAGUCCACCCCGGUGCGACGUCGGCCUGAGCUCCAACUCGGAAGGCAGUCUUCAUGUGGCACAGACGUGCGAGGUGAGCACUCUGUUCGAAGAGGACAGGCGUGGAGAAGACAGUGAGGAGGAGAACGUCUUCCAGCUGGAGGACCCCGAAGAUGGACUGUCUGGACCCCUGUCUGCCAGAGUGGCAGAAGACCAGGAUGAAGUAACGGCCCAGUCGGCUCAUUUGAUGACCCUCGGACUGUGCCGGAUCUCUAGUGCCAAGUGCCCCCCUCUGCCCGGAGCAGGCCAGGACAUGUCGGACGCCGUGGACGACAAGCAGCCCUUGCUGACCGUGGCUGAGAUGCAGAAGCUGCCUGAGGAUGAAGGUGGGGGGGGCCUGUCCUGCGUCCUCUGCCGGGCGGAAAUGCCCAACCAGGGUCUGCUGGACGUACACCUGAAGUGCCACAACGGUGCCCUGAGCUUCCGGUGCCCGCGCUGUGACUGGGCCUCGGCCGAGUGGGUAGAUAUGGAACGUCACUGGAGGGCUCAUGGAAGGAAGCGGAGCUCGAAGAUCCACAAGUGUGGCAUUUGUCCCAGGAAGUUUAGGAGGGCGGAGUCCCGCGACGCUCACGAGAAGAGGCACAACCGGCGUGCCCGAGUGCAGGCUCAGUCGGGUCGUGUGGCACGAUACCCGCUGUGUCUGGAGUGGUGUCGGUCGGAGAGAGGUCUGCAGACCCACCAGCGAUGCCACUCUCAGGGUGCAUUUAAGUGUGUGUACUGUGAGGUCACAGAAAAGUCAUGGAGGAAGAUACAAAAGCACAUUCGCAGUCAGCACACAGAGGACGGUGACGGACCAGACCAGCAGAUGUCUUACAACAUAGGAACCCUUAAGUACGACCAUGAGACAUCAACCAGUUUCCCAGAAUGCCACAGAGGGGUGCAGUGGGAGGCGUGGGACCAUGGGAGGAAGAUGAGAGUGAAACCCAAGGCAGCAGGAAGGAAGAAGGGUGAUAAGGACAAGAGGGAAGGAGACGCUCACGUUAAGGAGAUGAGUGGAUGUCUGAAAGUCCCUAAACGGAAGGAGUUUUGCUGUACUCUGUGUGACAGGACGUUUUCCACCAAGCUCACGCUGCGCCGUCAUGCGGGCAUCCACCAGGGUACGAAGCCCUUCGCCUGCCCACACUGCCAUUACACCACCCGGCUGAAAGCCUCGCUGGUGCAGCACCUGCGCGUCCACACAGGUGAGAAGCCGUACAAGUGUGCCCAGUGCUCCUACGCUUCUAUCGACAGGAGCUCCCUACGGCGCCACUCGCGUACACACACACAGGAGAAGCCUUACUGCUGUCAGUACUGUCCCUACAGCAGCAUACAGAAGAAGAGUCUCGACCUCCACUCCCGGCGCCAUCACACUGGAGAGUCGUUUGCCUGCGCCAUGUGCCAGUACACCACGCCAGACCGCCAGCUGCUGCUACGGCACACGCGCAAACACCACGCCCAUGAUGUAUCCUCAGUCCGAGUGUUCGGCAAGGCUGUGAAAGCCCUCCGAGAGUCUCCGGUCUACCAGAGUCCCGUCACCGUGGCAGAUAUACGGAGGUCCAACAUAUUCUGCUUGGCAAACACAGAGAUGAUCCUUUGUGAUUCACAUGUAUCAAGGGGGAGUUCACUCCCUGUGUGUUGUGUACAGUGGCGGUAGGUCAGCUGACAACCUUCUCACUCUAAACCCAAAGUAUUAAAGUAACUCGACACAACACGUGUGAUGCUCUGUGCGCGCUCUAGACCAUUCUAAUAAUCUUACACUUGUUGCUCAAACAAAUGUAAAGAGUAAUAAGGAAUUAGUCAACUCUCUCUCCCCUUGUUUUCAAAAUAUCAAGUUCCCACAUGCUGCCAUGUCCACAAACGAGGUGUGAGACUGGGAUCACAACCCUUACUGCUAUUAAAGCACACAUGUUCAACAGCAGCCUGCAGGUCCUACAGAUCCUGCAGAUGGACAUCCUAAAUGAGUUUCAGGACACCAGAGGUAUUCUAAUUAUGAGAGAGACAUGACUAACUCAGAAAAGUACUUCAGGUGCUUCUGUAGGUUAUUCCUUUAUUGGUUCUAUUUAUAUAUGUUUAGUUUCAGUCCUUUGUGAGUGAUGUUUAAUUUAGCUCACCCACAUCAAUUCAUAUUCACAGUUUUCCAGCUUGAUUGAAUUUUUAUAGCUUUAUAGUUGAUGAAUGUAUACAUUCCUCUACAUGAGGAUUCAUAUUUCAGUACAUGCUCAACAUCACUAAAACAAAUUAAAGCUGAGCUCUUAUUUCAGCAUGAGCAUUGUGCAGUGUGUAGCUUCCUCGGUCGUUUCUUUAAGGUCUAGUCCAUGCUGUGAACAUUAACCCCAGGGAAGUGAUUGAAGUAGAGCUGGCAGACAAGGUUUGUUUUCUCUCUAUCCCCCCCAUAUGUGUCCUUCUCUCUGCCAUUUUAAAACCCAAUUUUCAAUGAGAGUUUCAGGCCCUGGAUGUGUAAUUGGACCGGAGAACAGGAGAUCAGUAAGAGCGCCCUGAUCAAUACACAUAUAAAAGCUAAUAUUAGGGACACCUGCACCCAAUUUUACAGCAGAAUUUAAAUAACCUGCUUUUUGAAACGAGAUACAGUGCAAUUUUAUACUUUCACACAUUUCAAUUUUGGUACUUUCAAAAUGUAUUAAUAUUAGAU